AUGGCAAAGUUACAUCAUUUACAGUUGGCUGGCGGCGGGGGCGGCUCCGGGCAGCCGGGGCGGAGCCGGCGGCCACCGGCGGGCUGGGCUACGCCUCCCCGGGGCCCCCGGACCGCGCCCGUUGGCGGAAGCCGCGCUCCGCCCGGCAGGAGACGCUCCAGUGGAGGGGCGGCUCGCCUCUCGCCGCACGACCGGCGUGCUGCGCUCCGGGUCGUGCAGUGCUUCACCAUGGACCUGCGGAUGCUCUCCCGGGAGCUCUCCCUCUACCUGGAGCACCAAGUCCGCGUGGGCUUCUUCGGGUCCGGGGUGGGCUUGUCUCUGAUCUUGGGUUUCAGCGUCGCUUAUGCUUGCUACUACCUGAGCAGCAUUGCCAAGAAACCCCAACUGGUGACUGGAGGUGAGAGUUUCAGCCGCUUCCUGCAGGACCACUGUCCCGUGGUGACAGAAACAUAUUACCCCACAGUGUGGUGCUGGGAGAGUCGAGGACAGACCCUGCUGAGACCUUUCAUCACAGCUAAGCCCCCGGUACAGUACAGGAAUGAACUUAUUAAGACUGCCGAUGGAGGACAAAUUUCGCUGGACUGGUUUGAUAAUGAAAACAGUCCGACUUAUGUGGCUGCCAGCACCAGACCUACUGUCUUACUGCUGCCUGGGCUCACAGGAACCAGCAAGGAGUCCUACAUCCUCCACAUGAUCCAGCUCAGUGAGGAGUUAGGCUACAGAUGUGUGGUUUUCAACAACAGAGGAGUGGCUGGAGAGAGUCUCUUGACGCCACGGACUUACUGUUGCGCCAACACGGAGGACCUGGAGACGGUCAUUGAGCAUGUGCACAGCCUGUACCCCAAUGCGCCUUUCCUGGCAGCAGGGGUUUCCAUGGGAGGAAUGCUGCUCCUCAACUACCUGGGAAAAAUUGGGACCAACACUCCUCUGAUGGCAGCUGCAACUUUCUCAGUGGGGUGGAAUACUUUUGCUUGUUCAGAGUCAUUGGAGAAACCGCUCAACUGGCUGCUUUUUAAUUACUAUUUGACUACCUGUCUGCAGUCUUCAGUUAAUAAACACCGGCAUAUGUUUGUAAAACAGAUUGAUAUGGAUCAUGUCAUGAAGGCAAAGUCCAUCCGAGAGUUUGAUAAACGGUUCACCUCAGUCAUGUUCGGAUACCGAACAAUUGACGAUUAUUACACCGAUGCCAGCCCCACUCUCAGGCUGAAGUCCGUGGGGAUCCCGGUGUUGUGUCUGAAUUCUGCCGAUGAUGUUUUCUCACCCAGUCAUGCUAUCCCGAUAGAAACUGCUAAGCAAAACCCGAAUGUUGCUUUGGUCCUCACUUCUUACGGAGGCCAUAUUGGUUUUCUGGAGGGAAUCUGGCCGAGGCAAUCCACUUACAUGGAUCGAGUCUUCAAGCAGUUCGUGCAGGCCAUGGUUGAGCACGGACAUGAGCUUUCUACCAUGUAGUUAGCUCUUCGACGUGUUUUGUGUGACGAACCAUUGUAAAGCUCUCUCUGUUGAGUGGGCAGAUUUUUAUUACUGUAUAGAUAGCCAAGAAGCCAGCAGAUGGGUGAAGAGGUCCAGAAUGACAAGCAAAAACUACUUUUUAGAGAAACAAAACAACUUUGUAGCAAGAAAUGAGAUACAGAAUUAGAUUGUUAUUUCUGUAGAUUUUAUUUUUACUAUGCCUUACCAAGUAUGACCUUAAAUAAAGUAGCAAAGACAUGAAAUUGCACUUAGGCAAAACUGUUGUGUAAGACGAUUUUAAUUCCUCAGGGUUUUAAUUUAGGCUAGUAUUUUUUUAGGCUCUUUAUUUUAGGUGGUUAAAAGGUACUUUAAUAACUUUUAAGAGAUUUUGGUUAUAUGAAUGUAAAUUACAAGUUGGCACAUUCCUGGUAUUUAUACUUGAUGAGAACACGAAAACCGGAUUAAAGUAAAAAUACAAUGGGCUAAAUCUGGUAUGUCUCCUAACUUUAAAGGGGAAACGCAACCAAUGGUAGACUGACUUACAUACCUGCUCUUUUACUCUAGUAUUAUUAAAUUAGGGCUAAUUUAUGUUUUGUAAUGGUUAUAAUUUACAUGCUUAUUUUUAAAAAUAGUACAUGUAUGCAUAUAUAUCAUAUUAAAAUAAAUUCUAUCAUUUCAAAUUG